AUGCAAUGCCUUAUUCUCGUAGACGUCAAAACGGCUAUCUUCCUUCAAAGUAAACGACUUCCUUUCCGGCAAAGCUCCCCUGAACCUGACGAUGAGGCUGGGGGAUCACAUGAUGCUGAUCCAGCUGCAGCUGUCGACGGUGGCUCCAGCGGGCAAGAAGGGGAGGCCGACGAAGCCCCCCGCGGCCCCCAGCCCCGCCAGCAGCCCGCCCAGCGAGGACUGCUCCUGCGACCCCAGGCCGGUACUCGACACCAAGGCCCUCGCCGAGGCCUCCCGCAACCUCACGCAGACCCUCAAGCAGCUCUCGUCGGAGGUACUCACUUCAAAGACUGACUCGGUCGAGGAGGUGAGCAACUUAAAGCGAAGGCAAGGAGCUAUUAUUGAAAGUAUGCAUCAUCAUGGUAAAGGUGUCUACUCAGGUACCUUUUCAGGUACCCUGAAUCCAGCUCUCCAAGACAGGUUUGGUCGUCCAAAGAGAGAUAUAUCAACUAUAAUACAUAUUUUAAAUGACCUUUUAUGUGCUACUCCUCAGUAUAGAGCUGCAGCUGCUCAAGAACAGGCAAGCAAACCUCAGCCACAACCAUCUACAUCAUCUUCAACAAGUAAUGAGGUGACCCGUGUGGUAGAAAAAUCCUCAGCUGAAAGUGAUGAAAAUAGAGCAACACGAGGGAAAAUGGAGAGGUUGAGACUUGUAUUAGGUCAACGAAGGGAAAGGAGAAGGGCAAUGAGAUCUCAACCAUACCCUACAGGCCACGAUCAUGUCACAGCAUAACGUAAUUUCAAGAAAAAAGAGCCUUACAGACAAGAGCUGAGAUGAGGACGAAAAACUGCCAUUGUAUAUAAAGCCCUCAUCAUUUAGAUACAUCAUUCCUCAUACCUGAUAGGCUAUAGUGAUACAAAUUGCUUUUUACCCAGAUUUAAUUUUUAAAAAACAGAGUUUUGUUCUUAAUUUUUCAUUUUUUAUGUGAAGAUUUAAAUGAAGAAAGAUGAUGAAAUAUUAUGCGUCGAGAGGAUAUGAAAAAAAAAAAACAUCUUUUUUUUUUUCCUUUUGUAAUUAAAUAUUAACUUUUGUUUGUGUAAAUAUAUGUCAUGUGGGUGUACAAUACUUUUUUUAUGUAUAAUAGUUGAAUGCGCUUUACACAUGCGUUUUCCCAAAAUGUUUAUCCUUAAGAAACUACGGGUUUGUCUCUUGCGAAGGACAGACUCGCCCUGAAACAAUGGGUUACUGUUAAUAUGUAUAUGUAUUAAGUAUUCUAAAUUAGUGCACAUUAUUCUUUGAAGUAAAUUGAGCCUCGUCUGAGGAAAAUAAAUUGUAUUUAGGGUAUUAAGAAAUUUAUUUAGAAACUCUUCUUUUUAUUGCUAUGUAUAAAUAUUAGUCAAGUUUUUCCUGUAGUUAGCCUUUAGUAAGAUGUAGAUUUAUACUCGAGAUUAUGCUAUAAAGAAGAGUAAUACCAGAGUCAAAUGUAAGACUUCUGAUAAGAAUUUCCAUGUGUUAUAUUAAGACAACAAUUUUUAAUAGAACACAUUUUAUGUAUUAAGUUGCAAAGAAAUUGUUAAUAAAUUAUUCCAGUAUAUACUCUUCUUACACUUUGUUUUCAUUGAUUGGACUUUAAACAGAUCCAAUUCUUGAUCUUUACCAUUCAAGAAAUGCUACUUACUUUUUCUCAUUUCUAGGCUAAAAAUUUCUUUUAUAAUUUUUCUGUUAUUUUUUUUUAUUACAUAUUUGCGAAAAUAAAAGUACAUUUUAUUGUUUUGAUUUUUUAUUAUUAUUUUUUUUUUAAGAUUAAAAUAUAUUAUUGAGCUUCAAAUUUGUGAGACAAAAUAAAAUAUUUAAUGACUGAA